GCACGAUAAACUUGCACUCGUAUUUAUCCUGCGGUGUCCAUCAUACAGAUAUGUUCUAGUAUAGAAUUUUACUCUUAGGUCAAUUGAAGAAUAACAGUUCCCCCUGGUAGAGUGGAAAAAUCAGUUUAGUGUCAUUUGGAGAUCAAAGACAUCCAGUUCGGAGUGAAACAUGGUCGUUGCCAAGAAGUGGAUCUACGCCAAGGCCUUCUCCGGUUUGCCAACGGCAGAUAACUUUCGGUUGGAGGAGGAAACGCUCGACGGCGAGCUGAAAGAAAAUGAAUUCCUCACCGAAGCGGUUUACCUCAGCGUGGACCCCUACAUGCGACCGUUUAUGACGCAGCAUCCGGAGGGCUCGGUCAUGAUCGGCGGCCAGGUGGCCAAAGUGUUGGACAGCAAGAAUCCCAAAUUCCCCAAGGGAUCGUACGUGGUGGGUGCCUUCGGUUGGCGCACCCAUGCCAUUUGCAAUCCGGAUGAAGUGGCGCCUGAGUGGAAGCCGUACCCUCUGCCAGACUUCGAUGGGGAACCACUGUCGCUGGGGAUCGGAGUUCUAGGCAUGCCCGGUCAGACGGCUUAUUUCGGAUUUUUGGAAAUUUGCAAGCCGAAAGAAGGGGAAACGGUGGUGGUCAGUGGCGCGGCCGGUGCCGUUGGCUCUCUGGUGGGACAAAUAGCCAAGAUCAAGGGCUGCAAGGUGAUCGGCAUUGCCGGAACCGAGGCCAAGUGCGAGUGGAUCCGAAGCUUGGGAUUCGACCAUGCCAUCAACUACAAAACGGCGGACGUGGAAGCCGAACUGAAGAAGGCUGCUCCAGAUGGCGUUGAUUGCUACUUUGAUAAUGUGGGAGGUUCUACGGCGGAAAUCGUCCGCAAACAGAUGAACCUAUUCGGCAGGAUUUCCGUUUGCGGGACAAUCUCGGAUUACAACAGCGAACCGACGCAGGUUUCCGAUCCUCAGAGGGACUUUGUGUGGAAGCAGUUGAGACAGGAAGGAUUCAUGGUUUUCCGCUGGAACGAUCGGAUGUCGGAGGCUUUCGGACAGAACCUACAGUGGAUCAAGGAGGGUACGCUCAAAUAUCGCGAGACGAUCACCGAGGGGUUCGAAAAUAUGCCGCAGGCCUUCAUCGGAAUGCUGACCGGGGAGAAUAUUGGUAAGGCUGUUGUUAAGGUUUGAAUGUGUAAAAUUCUUUAUUGCCAAAUAUAUUGAUAAAUUAA